AUGGCUGAUCAGAAUAUACAACCAGAGGAAGACAGCGUGAAUGGGGAGUUGCGGGAGAAUGUGGACGCAGUCGAACCGAGCGCAGAGUCACAAGCACAGCAAGUUCCCGCUCAAGGAGAGAGUGAUGAACCAGGGCAAGGGGAGCAAGCGCAGGCGGAACCCACACAGGAUCAGCAAGGACAGGCAGAACAGACCGAAUUGCAGACUGAACAUGCGCAGGACGAGGUGAUCCAAGAAGAUCAAUUGCAAGGCGAGCCAACACCAACAGACCAACUUGGUGCACAAGAUAAUGAAAUACCCACCGAAGAGGAACAAAGUAUUCCUCUGACAACUGAUGCCACUGAAGCCGACGCACUGCACACGCCAGCAAGAUCACCGACUCCAACAGCGCCCCUCCCUUUGUCACCAGAGCCAUCCCAACAAGAUACUCAGUUCGUUCCUCCCACAGCUCGCACACUCCAAUCCCCACCCCCUUCAACACCCACCUACACAUUUCAAAACACGGAUCCAUCUACGCUCGAUGCCCCAAUAACAUUGACGACUCCGCUCUCCCGCGUCGGAUCGGGCGCCAGUACUCCAGUGGAGGUUGGGUACAUCCCACCUACAACGCCAACACAAGAAGAGAGUGUACAAGAGGAGGAGCAAGUUGUGCCUGAGCCGAUUCCACAGGGAUUGGAUAGAGAAGAGUUGGUGGCAAAGAUUCGGGCCGAACUAGAUGGAAAGGAUAAAUUGCAGGUGAGGAAUGUGGCUCUACAGAAUCGGUUAGGAGAAUAUUUCAGAAAGAAACGAACGGACGAAACGCGCGAAACGGAUCCAAAGCCGCCGACCGACCUGACAACGCGUUACACUACCUCACUCUCCACCCUCCUCACAUUGAACCAAACGCUUCAAGCCUUGCAUCAAACCCACACCAAGCUCUCUACCGACUAUUUGACCAAACUCACUCAAAAACAGGAAGAAGCUGCGGCGAAAGCAGCCGAAUUCUCCACCUACAAACGUGCCAUUGCCCAAGCGGCUGAGAAUAGCCGGACUGGCCGAAAAAUUGCUCCAAAGGUUUUGGAAGGGCUAGAGAUCAAUGAGGAAAGAAAGGAAGCCGAAGUCAUUGAGGUUCGAUUGGAGAAUAUAAAGUUACGGAAUAGGCUGCGGAGAAGCGAAGGAUUGUUGAGGCAAAAGGAAGAGCUAGCGGAUGGUCUGCACCUGAUCGACUUUGAACAACUUAAAAUUGAGAAUGCGACCUAUAACGAAAAAAUCGAAGAUCGCAAUGAGGAUCUCCUUAAACUCCGAAAGAAGAUCACUACCAUCGUCCAGGUUCUUACGCAUGUCAAGGAAAAGCUGCAUCAUCUUUCCCACGAGACCCGGGUGUUACAGGACACAUUAGGGGGAUUGGAUGAGCAAGUCAUGAGGAAACGGGAUGAGCUGCCGGUCAAAAAAGGAGAGAGGGAUAAAUUGAGGAAUGAGAAUGCAGAAUUGCGAAAACGGGCUGGAUUGCUCGGAUCGGUUGGGCUGUUGCGGGAUUUUGAGAAACAUGCUGACGAAGCACAGGCCUUGCACGGCCAGAUUAAUGCUCUACGAACACGCCAUGCAGAGCUCUCUGCGGAAAUGCUUGGUGUCAAAAGAAAAAUUCAAAAGGCACAGAUUGUAGGAGCAAUAUGA